AAGUCUCCUCCCCGGCCAACCUCCAUGUCGUCUCCACUACGUGGUCUCCCGUUUUAACCAACCCAGCCACGAAAUUUUCUACAAGAACGCAGAGGAAGCAGAGCUAGACCGGACCGAGAGGCAUGGCGAUGGCGCUCCACGGGCACGGGAGGAGGGGCAGGCUCGCGGCGGCGCUGUGGCUCGUCGUGGUGGCCACGGCGAGCGUGGCGUCGGCGCGGUUCGUGGUGGAGAAGAACAGCAUCAAGGUGCUGUCGCCGCACUCGCUACGGGGCCGCCACGAGGCCGCCAUCGCCAACUACGGCGUCCCCGACUACGGCGGCACGCUGACCGGCGUGGUGCUGUACCCGGCGGACGCGGGGCAGGCCAACGGGUGCAAGCCGUUCGGGGCGACGGCGUUCAAGUCGCGGUCCGGCCGGCCCGUGGUGCUCCUGGUGGACCGCGGCGGCUGCUACUUCGCGCUCAAGACGUGGCACGCGCAGCAGGCGGGCGCGGCGGCGGUGCUGGUGGCCGACAGCGUGGAGGAGCCGCUGCUGACCAUGGACACCCCGGAGGAGGAGACCCCCGACAUGGCCUUCCUGGCCAACAUCACCGCCCCCUCCGCGCUCGUCUCCAAGCCCUUCGGCGACGCGCUCCGCGCCGCCGCCUCCGACUCCGGCGGCGCCGAGGUGGUGGUCCGCCUCGACUGGCGCGAGUCGAUGCCGAACCCGGACGCGCGGGUGGAGUACGAGUUCUGGACCAACAGCAACGACGAGUGCGGGCCGCGGUGCGACGAGCAGGCGGCGUUCGUGGCGGCGUUCCGGGGCCACGCGCAGCUGCUGGAGAAGGCCGGCGACGCGCUCUUCACGCCGCACUACAUCACGUGGUUCUGCCCCGACGAGUACCGGGGCACGCGGCAGUGCGCGUCGCAGUGCAUCAACCGCGGCCGCUACUGCGCGCCGGACCCGGAGGGGGACCUGGGCGCCGGCUACCGGGGCCGCGACGUGGUGCUGGAGAACCUCCGGCAGCUGUGCGUGCACCGGGUGGCCAACGCCCGCAACGCGUCGUGGGCGUGGUGGGACUUCGUGGCCGACUACCGCGUGCGGUGCUCCAUGCGGGAGAAGAGGUACUCCCGCGGGUGCGCCGAGGAGGUGGUGGCGUCGCUGGGCCUGCCGGCGGAGCUGAUCGACAAGUGCAUGGGCGACCCCGACGCCGACGCCGACAACGACGUGCUCCGGACGGAGCAGGUCGUGCAGGUCGGGCAGGGGGAUCGAGGCGACGUCACCAUCCUGCCCACGCUGGUCAUCAACAACGUGCAGUACCGGGGGAAGCUGGAGAGCACGGCCGUCCUCAAGGCGAUCUGCGCCGGUUUCAAGGAGACCACCGAGCCCCGUGUGUGCAUGACACAAGACAUGGAGACCGACGAGUGCCUGCACAACAACGGCGGCUGCUGGCGCGACGACAAGACCAACAUCACCGCCUGCAAGGACACGUACAGGGGGAGGGUGUGCGAGUGCCCGGCGGUGGACGGCGUGCAGUACGAGGGCAACGGGUACAAGGAGUGCAAGCCCGUCGGCCCCGGCCGGUGCGCCGCCAACAACGGCGGGUGCUGGAAGGAGACAAGGCACGGCAAGACCUUCUCCGCCUGCAAGGGCUCCGGGUCGCUCAGCGGCUGCGAGUGCCCGCCGGGGUUCAAGGGCGACGGCCUCACCUGCGAAGGUGCGUUCAACUCGCUCAGUCGUUCACCUUCCUUCCAUUUGCAGUCUCUCUGUGGCCUGUGGGCUCUGGCUGUGGGUGGUAGGAGACUGAUAAUACUCCGAACCGCCAUUGCAGACGUGGACGAGUGCAGCGAGAAGGUGGCGUGCACCUGCCCGGGCUGCUCCUGCAAGAACAACUGGGGCGGGUACCACUGCAGCUGCGGCGGCGGCGGCAACCAGGUGUACAUCCAGGCCGAGGACACCUGCGUGGGGAAGAGCGCGGCGGCGAUGGGGUGGAUGGUGACGGCGCUGGUGCUGUCGUGCCUCGCCGGCGCCGGGCUCGCCGGGUUCGCCUUCUACAAGUACAGGCUCAGGCGGUACAUGGACUCGGAGGUGGCGGCGAUCAUGUCGCAGUACAUGCCUCUGGAGAGCCAGAGCAGCAGCGGCGAGAACCGGCCGCUGAGGGAGGAGGCCGUGGAAGCAGCAUAGAUAGCCAGGCAGCUGUAAGAUUUCAAGGUAGAAUUCAAACAAAUGGUGAAUACCAUGUGGCGCACAUGAAAGAGGUUGCUUAUAGCUUUACCUGACAGGACAGAGGCAGGAGCUCUUGCAUUUUCCUACUUGUUGCCUUUGUAGACAACUGUGCCAGAUAGAUCUCGAUACGGAAAACAUAAUACGGUUUGCACAUAGCAGCUAUGAAUCUGCACAUUGCUGUACAAAAUUUGAGAUAAAGAUGUUCACUGCAGGCUGGACAAGAAUAGCUGCUGCUGGUACAGAUUUGUUAUAGAGCUGAACAAGCAGAACACCAGGCCAUUUUCUGA